AUGACCAUGUAUUCCAACUCUCUAUUUCCCGACGAUAUCUACUCAAACACACGGCGUACAUAUGCUUUCCAUCCAUACCAUAACAACACUCACGUCGCCGCCGAUGAUAUCAACAACCAUCAAUAUGGCGCUGACCGUCCACCGUACAGCUUUGUAGCCCUUAUCAACAUGGCUAUCCGGUCACAUCACAAUCAGAAAGCGACACUUAAGGACAUAUAUGGGUACAUUAAGUCAACUUUCCCGUAUUAUCGAGACAAAAACCCGAGUUGGGAAAACUCAAUUCGUCACAACAUAUCGAUGAACAGUUGUUUCGUAAAGAUUGCCCGUAGUAUCCAUGAUCAGACCCACGGACAUUUCUGGGGACUCAGCGCCGUGUGGGAAGAAAUGUUUACUGACGGAAACUAUCGCCGCCGUGUUCGAGGCUAA